UAUCUGAUAUCAAAAUUCAAUGAAGAUGGACGCCGCAAAGAAUGUCGCAGACGAGCUGAACCGUGGCCGUUACAACGAAAAUGUUUUGAAGUACUUCUUCGACAAGCCGGAUGCUUAUGAACAAGCGUUCACUGAUUCUGAAGACGAUCUGAGCGACGAUGAAAGUGGCAUGAUAAGACUGAAUAAUAUCCCUAAUCUACAACUGAGCGAAGAUGAAGACGAGGAAGAAUGUAUCGGACUGGCGUCAGACGAGUUGGACCGUAAGAUAUCAGAGGCUAUAUCGAUAGUAACAUUUGAUGGGGAUAUAGAUAGAGAAAUGGGGAAAAUCCGUAACUUUGACUGUAAAUGUUACACGAGGAGAAAAGAGAACUCUCUGCAUGGGAGACAGUCUUGUAGCCAGAAGCUUUCUCCAGACAUUAUGUACAACAUACGGCUGGAUUCUUUAGCUGCGGAAAAAGAGUGGCAGGACAUGCGAAUUAUUGGACAUUUAGAGGCAAACAGACGCACAGUGCAAACUUCGGAGAUGGUUACAUCCACAAAGAAGACCCCGACAAAGAGAAAGUGUGCCCGAACGACUUAUUUCAUUGGAGGCAACGAGAUCUGCAAGAAUACUUUUCUGUUUCUUAUGGGGUCUAACCACUAACUGAGGUCUAAACCAGGACUAAAACAAGACUAAACCAGGAAGUACAGAUACAAGCUCUAAACAUUGGCAGAGACACCCUGGCUGAUAUAGUCAAACACUAUGAGGAGAAUGGGGCAAGACCACGUUUGAGGAAGAAGCACUCAUUGCCACGUCCACCAGCCAGGUUCAUCAGCCCUGAGGAUAUCAACAGAGUUGUGGACUUCAUAAAACACUAUGCAGAAGACAAUGCCAUCAUGCUGCCUGGCCGACAGCCUGGGCAUAAGGAUUGGCAUGUGAAGUUGCUGCCAACUCAUGUGUCCAAGGCCUCAGUGUGGCGUCUCUACGUGAAGUCUGCUAAGGAGCUUGGUGAGCGUGCAGUUUGUAAAACCAGCUUCAAAGCACUGUGGAACCGACUUCUCCCACACAUCAAAAGUUGCCGGCCACGCACAGAUCUCUGCUGGCAGUGCCAAAGCAAUAACGAGCAGCUGAUACGAAGUGCAAACCUCCCAGAUGAUAGAAAGUCUGAAGCAGUAAAGAAGCAACAAGAUCAUCUUUCCCUUGUGCAGAAAGAGAGGGCUGUGUACAACGACAUGACUGCUGCCUGCAGAAAGAUUUGCUCUGGCUCCAACCUGUCUUUUGGACCAUCCCUACCAGCAAGCAAGAAGAUUAGGAUGCAUUACAGUUUUGAUUUUGCUCAGCAGUUACACUUUCCCUCAAACCCUCUCCAGCCAGGACCAAUGUACUUCCUGACCCCACGGAAAUGUGGCCUAUUUGGUGUUUCAUGUGAAGGGCUGCAGAAACAGGUGAAUUACCUGAUUGAUGAAGGCAUGUCAUCUACUAAGGGAAGCAAUGAAGUCAUCAGCUACAUGCAUCAUUUCUUCGGCAACUUUGGAGUUGGAGAAACAGAGGUGGAUCUUCAUUGUGACAACUGCAGUGGGCAGAACAAGAACAACUUCAUGCUCUGGUACCUUGCCUGGCGGGUUGGACACAAGCUUCACGAUAAAAUUGAAAUCCACUUCCUUAUUGCUGGCCACACCAAGUUUUCCCCUGACUGUGGCUUUGGACUCAUCAAGCAAGCCUACAUGAAGACAAGAGUCAACACUUUGGCAGACAUCGCUGAGGUUGUGGAAAACAGCUCUCCUGUGAGUCACCUCAAUAUCCCACAGCUUGUUGGAACGGCAGAGGGCAAAGUUUUAGUCCAGACCUUCGACUGGCAGCAGCAUCUGACUCGCCACUUCCGUAGACUCCCACAGAUCAAGAGUUAUCAGCACUUCAGCUUUGAAGCCAAGAGACCAGGUGUGGUGCUUGCAAAAAGUCACCGUGAUGCACAACCUGUCGAAUAUCAGCUACUGCGCGACGGAGCAGAUCUGCCCCCUGUCGACGGUCUUCCUGUCCUGGCCCCACCUGGACUGAAAAUUGACAGGCAGACCUAUCUAUAUGAAAAAAUCAGGCCAUUCUGUGCUGACGAGGCAAGAGACAUCACAUGCCCAGCGCCAAGGGUCACAACACAGAAGAGUCCACAGAAGAGUCCACAGAAGAGGAUGCGAAUGUAA